GCCUUCUCGGGAGGAGAACAAAAACAAAGCGGAGGGGCCCGAGCGGGACCCAACGGGCCACUGCCGAGAGCUCCCUGCAGCCUGCGCACCCUCGGAGCCAGCACCGCCGUCAGGAUGCCGAACUGGGGAGGAGGCAAGAAAUGUGGCGUGUGCCAAAAGACAGUUUACUUUGCCGAAGAGGUUCAGUGUGAAGGCAACAGCUUCCACAAGUCCUGCUUCCUGUGCAUGGUUUGCAAGAAGAAUCUGGAUAGUACAACUGUGGCUGUUCAUGGUGAAGAGAUUUACUGCAAGUCCUGUUAUGGCAAGAAGUAUGGUCCAAAGGGCUACGGCUAUGGUCAGGGAGCUGGAACACUGAGCACUGACAAAGGGGAGUCGCUGGGCAUCAAGCAUGAGGAGACCCCUGGACACAGACCCACCACCAAUCCUAAUGCGUCCAAGUUUGCCCAGAAGAUAGGAGGGUCCGAAAGCUGCCCUCGGUGUGGACAGGCUGUCUAUGCUGCGGAAAAAGUGAUCGGAGCUGGGAAGUCCUGGCACAAGAGCUGCUUCCGAUGUGCCAAGUGUGGCAAAGGCCUGGAGUCCACCACCUUGGCAGACAAGGAUGGAGAAAUUUACUGCAAAGGAUGUUAUGCCAAAAACUUUGGACCCAAAGGAUUUGGCUUUGGCCAAGGAGCUGGGGCUUUGGUCCAUUCUGAGUGAAGCAGUCAUCGAUGUUUCCAUUUCCCCUACUUACCUCUGGUGCCUCACCAAUGCCAGCCCCAUUCCUUGCCUAUGUGGACCAGGCUAGAUAGGGGAGCUGUGUGCUUUUUUUUUUUCUAUCUCUUUCUUUUUCACCUACUCUUGCUUUCUUCUGCCACUUAUUACCAGCCUCUGUAACCACAGAUUUUGGCUUUGCUUUUGGUGGAUUUCUGCUUAGGAGACUGGCUCCUAAGGCCCACCGCCUCACCCACCCUACCCAGCUGACACAAUUUCCAGUGUGAACAUUCUACUAGUAUUAAUGCUUUUUUACAGGGAAUGAUCUUGCACCCUUUUCACUUGCUCUCCAGAACUUUUGUCUUUCAGCCCCUCAUUCUACCUUGCUGAGUAUUUUGGUCAAGGGACCAGAAGCAAUUUCAUGAAAUCCAGAGAGCUAUUACCAGCCUGGAGAAAGUGGGAAGGGAAGACAAAUGGAGAGAAAGGGACAAAAAGACAUAUGAAAAAUCUUCCUUGGGUUUGUCAUAUAUAUUUAGAGGGAGGGAGAAGGUAAGAGGGCUAAGGAAAAGGCCACUUUUUAAAACUCCCAGAUGCCUUCAGACAAGGGGAUGGUAAAAGUUUCCACAGGACAGAACCUUGCAGUAAGGUAUUCCCACAAAGUGUUGAAAUGGAUAGCACUCCUGCUCACCUGGGCACACAUAAAUAUUUGAUUUCAUUCCAAAUAUUAUCAAUUUAAUGGCCAGUGCUAUUUGCCCGAGACCUAUCUGUUCUUACCCAGAAUCACUCCUGUUAAGAGGGACGGAAAGCCCUUGUGAGCCACAGACCUAGAACAUCAGGAUUAGGUACAAAUCUUCUCCCUUCAAAGAAAGAGUCAGUUUUGGAAUCUCCCAGGGGUUUGUGUCAUUGCUUUGGUGCCAUAGGGAAUUCUGGACCAACUAGACUCCUGAGCACUGAUCAGUGUCCCAAACCUCAGGAAGCUCAAAGCCAGCUCUUAACCUGGGGAAUCUUGAGAGUGUAACUUUUGGUGGCCAGCCCAGAGACCCUAAUCCUUCCCUGACUCUUCCCAAAAAGUGCUUCAAUCUAGUCUCCACUCUGUAGAACUUCUCAACAUUUGUAAAUGGAAGAUUUUCAGGCACCUUAAAGAUUAUAAAGGUAUCUUCCUCCCUAUUCCACUCCAUCUCCAAGUCAUCCUCUAUUGAUGUCUUUCCAGGCUCUCCCUCUUGGCUCAUCUUAUCCCCCUACUAUGCUUCUAUACCUCCUCUCUUGGUCUCUUCCUUGCCAAAGUCAUCCCUAUCAUUGUUAAAUCCUGAGGGAAGAAGCAGUUCUUAGGAAGGUGUGAGCCUGGACUGUGGCCAGAUGAACAGGAUGAUCUUGGAAGAAUUCCAUUGACUAUGGGGGAACCAUUGGGUUAGGAUAAAUUUGUUCUAAGGGAUACAACUACAAUAGCUGCCACUGGGAAGGGCAACAUAUUUAAGCAAAUUUCUUGUAGUCAAUAAAGCUGUUAAAAAAAAGAAUUCUGGUAUCCAGAGUCCUGAGAAGAUGGCAACAAUGUCAUUCCCCUGGGAACUGAAGGAAAUUUGGAUGGGCUUGUAAAAAGGUACCUAAGAAUCCAGAAAGAAUAUUAAACUUUGCCUAUUCAACUUUU